AUGAGUAGACCGAAUUUCAAAGCAAGAAUUAUUGUGAUGCUUGCAUUAAUAAUGUUUGCGAUUGUUAUUUAUAACGAUUCAACAGAUACAGAAUCAUUAGGAUUACUUGAUGCUUUGUACUUGACCAAGAACUCCUUUAAAGAGUUCAGGAAUCAGUUAUUGGGUAAAAAUGAUCAUGUAGCUGCUUCGGGGUUGAAUGAAAUUGAUUAUCCUUUAAACAGUAUGGUAAAUUCGGUAUUUCCCAUAGAUUCUUUGAUUCAAGUUAAUUAUACCGACCAUAAAGAUAAUAGGAAUGUCAGUACAGAGGUUGUGGGUAGAUACGCUUCUUUCAGUCCUAUCUUGAGUAGUGAUCUAUAUUCUCAAUUUCAAGUAUUGGACCAUAACGCAUGUUCUAUAAUACCUGAUAUUUCAAAAUAUGAGAACAAGGUGUUAGUAGUAUUGAGAGGUGACUGUACCUUCGUAGAAAAGGUAGAAAACAUUCUCAAGUCUGAGUUGAAACCCAAGACAAUAAUAAUUGCUAAUGAUGAACCAUUUAAAGGAUUAAUAACUAUGUAUUCCAGUACAUUCAAUGAGGAUAGGUCAAUUAAGAUCCCUAUAAUGUUCAUUACCUACGAGUCGUACCAAUUCUUGAAAAAGUUAAAUAAGGAAGAUCUUACUAUAAGGAUUUCAACUGCUUCUUUGGGUAAUUGGAUUAAUAUUCUACUUUCAUUGAUUUUAUCACCUCCCUUAUUGAUAAUAAUAUUUUACUGUUUGAUCCAAGUGAUCCAUAAUUGUCGAAAAUUACAGAAAAAUAGGUUCAGUGAAAAAAUUGUGAAAAAUUUACCAGUUUAUAUUUACAAUAAGAACCAUUUAAUUCAUUGUAAGGAUUUUUAUAAAUAUCUCAAUAUAACAGGUCAAACCGACGCUGCUAUAGAAAACCUCAAUGAUUCACAAUCCUCAAUAGAUUCCUAUCCCUUAAUAUCAGACUCGCCCAAGUUUGAUAAUAUCGAUAUCACUAAUGCUAAACCUACACCAUCAUCUUCAAAUCCAGCAUUAAAUUCGUUUGUGAUCAAUGGUGUAGACAUUAAAGCCUUGACCAAUAGAAUCAAUGUUCUUUUCAUGCAUGAUGAUUUCUAUCCAGCUUUUAAAUGUUCCAUUUGUUUGGAUAGAUUUAAACCUUUAAGAUCAAGAGUUCUUAUUUUAGAUUGCAAACAUUUUUUCCAUGAAAAUUGUCUUAGUAAUUGGUUGAUCAAUUUCAAACGAAGUUGUCCAUUAUGUAAUCAUUCAAUUGCUAAUAUCCCCCAUAAUUUACUUGCUGGUCAAGUUAAUGAUUAUGGAAGUUUGGAUUUGGAAGCUCAAAUUGAAAGUGAAUAUAACCAUGAUUCAAGCUCACAAAUGGACGAUAACGAGAAUACUUCAUUGAGUUCUGAAAUGACCACACAAGUAUUACAAGCAAAUCCCUUAUUAUCGGAAGAGGGAAGUUCAAUUCCUCAAGAUUCUAUACCUAUCGGAAUCCAAAGUUCUGCAUCGGGCCCAGUAUCAGAGUCGGAGUCGGAAUCAACUCUAUCUUUCAAAACCCCACCAACCACAUUUGCAGAUUCGGAUACGACAUCCAAUCGUUCAUCAUUCUAUGUUUCACAUCCACCGACUGGAACGGCCAACCCCACCCUUCUGAGAAUGACUUCUCAAGAACAGAUGGAUUCCACCCGUCAAUUAAUCGAUGAGUAUACUUCCAGACGAAAUUUAAGAGGUGAGAACAUUGAAUUCGAUGAUGAUGUCACAUCUAACGAAUCAGGCGACAGCAAUUCUACCAUCAAUUUAGCUAAUUCAUAA